UCGGGCAGUGCGCGGAGAAUCACGUGAACGCUAUGGCCGCCGCCGAGGUGUUUAGUCGCCUCCGCACCGGUUCCAAGUUGGGUCCGCAGUACGAUCAGGAGGGCAAUGUUAUCGAGGUUGAAACCCGUGAGGACGAGGAGCAAAAUGUCAAAUUGACAGAAAUUUUAGAGUUACUGGUUGCUGCUGGAUACUUCAGAGCAAGGAUUAAGGGACUAUCACCAUUUGACAAGGUAGUGGGUGGUAUGACAUGGUGUAUUACAACGUGCAACUUUGAUAUUGAUGUUGAUUUGCUUUUUCAAGAAAAUUCUACAAUUGGUCAGAAAAUAGCCUUGACUGAGAAAAUUGUGUCUGUGCUGCCAAACAUGAAGUGCCCGCACCGUUUGGAACCACAUCAAAUUCAGGGUCUGGAUUUCAUACACAUAUUCCCUGUUGUACAAUGGUUGGUAAAACGUGCUAUUGAAACCAGAGAAGAGAUGGGAGAUUAUAUUCGGGCAUUUUCAAUAUCUCAGUUUCAGAAGACACACAGUCUGCUUGAGGAUGAUGACUUCAAGCAAAGGAAAGAUAAAGCUAUGAAAACAGUUAUAGAAGUAUCUGAUGUUUAUAAACCACAACGCAAGUAUAAACGUUUAGCUGGAGCUUGCGAAUUGGUUGAUGAAGAAUCGAGAGUCCAUUCUACCCUUCUAGAGUUUGGCCGGAAGUAUGGUUUCAGCAAGCAAUCUAAAGCUGAAAAGACUGAAGACAAAAAAGGUACUUUGCCAACAGGGCUGGCAGUUGGAAUGACUGAACCGUCUGAAGAUGAUCUGGAAGCUGUUGAAGAGCUUCGCAUUAAAACAUUGAUGACAGGAAUGGCAGCAAUGGCAACAGAAGAGGUUUCUUCAGAUUAUUGCUGCCAUAGCAUUAACGUGGGAAAGCUGACUGCAAGUUCAGUGGGUCAUAUAGUAGGUUUACAAUCAGAGGAAAUUAAGCAGAUUGCAUCAGAAUAUGCUGAGAAGCAAUCAGAGCUUUCAGCUGAAGAUCGUCCCGAGCGGCUUGGAGCUACUCAACAGUAUCGAAGACAAGUUGCAUCUCUGAAUAAACAAGUCUUGCAAAAAUCGAAGCAGUUGGAAGAGCUGCAAGUUAAAUAUCGUGAGAUCCAAGCUACAUGUGAGGAGGAGAAGAAAAAACUGGUGGAGCUUAUGAAUUAUGGGGGAAAGCUGGAUAAAGAGUUAUUGAAUCUUGAAGCUGUUGAAUCAAAAGCUGAUUCCAGGAUACUGGAAAAGCUGAGAGAGUUAGUUACAAUGAAUGAAAGUCUAAAAGAUCAGGAACAACAAUUUAGGAAUCAUUGCAGGGAGGAAAUGGCUCGAUUGCAACAGAAUAUUGAAAGCCUCAAGAGUGCCGCAGGGAAUGAGGAAGCUGAAUUAAAGGAGCACAGUGAAUUAAUAGAGCAACAGUAUAAAGAAGACAGAGUAAAGCUUCAGAAAAUACGACUCUUGUUGGCUCGACGGAAUAGAGAAAUCGCUGUUCUACAACGAAAAAUUGAUGAGGUACCAAGCAGAGCAGAAUUGACCCAAUAUCAGAGACGGUUUAUUGAGCUCUACAAUCAAGUGUCAGCAACGCACAAGGAAACAAAACAAUUUUUUACACUUUAUAACACACUUGAUGAUAAAAAGGUGUACUUGGAAAAAGAGGUCAACCUGUUGAAUUCAAUUCAUGACAAUUUUCAACAAGCAAUGGCUUCGCCAGCUACCCGAGAACAAUUCUUGCGUCAGAUGGAACAAAUCGUGGAAGGUAUUAAGCAGAAUCGCAUGAAGCUGGAGAAAAAAAAGCAAGAAAAUAAAAUGAGACGUGAUCAGCUGAAUGAUGAGUACCUUGAACUGCUGGAGAAACAACGUCUAUACUUCAAAACUGUCAAAGAAUUUAAAGAGGAGUGUCGCAAGAAUGAAAUGUUAUUGACCAAAAUGAGAACAAUGGGGGCUUCUUGAAUAAAUUCACCGUGAGUCCAAGGACUGGACUUAAUUCUCCCAUGGAAGGCUUUCUGAGCACUUAGAAAGUAAAUACUGGAUGCAUGGUGCCCUACGCAUUUUGUCUUUUUUGGAUGUAAUUUAGUCAAAUGCACAGCUAACAACUUUGUUUAUCCAUGACACUUAUGAGCCAAAUAAUCCAUUGUAUUAUGUAAAGCCAUUUGCCCCAUAAUAAAAAUAAUGCAA